AUGGAGAGUACGAAAGCUGGUCAUUACCAUAUAAAGGGCGUAAAAUCCGCAGACACUGUUGAAACUCUGGUGAUAAAGUUAUUUUCUGAAGGAUUAUCUUUUACCGAAAUAUCCAAAAGAACUGGUCUUGCUAAGUCUUCGUGCUUCCGCAUAGCGGAUAAAUACAUCACGAAUGGAACGGAGGAUCAGCCACGCGGAAGACCCAUUUUUUCACCUAAACUUACCCCAGAAGUACUACAAUUUAUUGAGUACCAGAAGACCAAGCAAGCUGCAGUGUAUGCUAAUGAGAUAUAUGUUAAGCUUUUGGAGGAAAAUAUAUGUAAUAUAAACAAUAUACCAAGUGUGCGAACAAUUCAAUAUGCAAUAAAUAAAAUCCCCGGAAUGACAUAUAAAGUGAUGCAGAAAAUUCCGUCGGAGACGACAACGGCAAGAUUUGAAGGUCAGUUCGACCAUUAUUUGGCGGAAGUACUUUCGUAUAAACCUGAGCAGCUGCAUUUCUUUGACGAGGCAUCCGUUAUAAGAACUGAUGGGAAUCGCAAACGAGGACAUGCCGUUAUAGGCGAAAAGGCAGUGGAAGUUCAGAAAUAUGCGAGCAACGCAACCUAUACUGUUAAUUUAUGUGUUGGGUAUUUCGGCAUUGAUUACUUCAGUAUAAUCGAUGGUCCAUCAAAUGCGAAUAUUAUGAUACAAUUCUUUGAUGAUGCAUUGCAGGAAACAAAUCAUAUCGGUAACCCGAUCUUUGCAGCUGGCGACUGUGUUAUCAUGGAUAACUGCGGGUUUCAUCAUCAGCGGUUUGGCGAAACUUUCCUCAAGAACAUGUUGGGACUUCAGGGAUUACAUUUAGUAUUCCUGCCUCCGUAUUCGCCGGAAUUAAAUCCAGCAGAAUUUGUGUUCAAAUGUAUGAGAGACGGACUGAAAAAAAAUCCAAUUUUGACCUACGAAUACACAGAAUAUUCGGUUGUUAAUGCGAUCACUGGGAUUUCUGAAAAUAUUGUCCCUAAAGUGUUUUCCAAGUGUGGCUAUGUUUAA